CAAGUUAAGCUCAUUACCACCUAUACAUGGACCUUUGGGCUCUUUACAAAUUGCAAUAUAAUGGCCUUGUAAUGUUUGGGCUUUUCUAUCCAUUUGAUUAGCCCAUUCCAACUCCAUCUUCUUCAACAAAUCAAUUUCCGACUGUAAAACCCUAAAAAUCAAACCCAGAAAUCCUGUAAAUUCAUUAAUCAUUAAUCUCUCUCCUCCAUUUUCAAAGCUUAAAAUCUCAAAAAAAGAAAAAGAAAAAGAAGAUGCGUUCAAUAAUCACCAAAAUACCCUCAAAGAACAUUCUAAAACGAUGCGUUCCAUUAUUUUCUCUCUCCUCUCAUUCUCUAUCUACAUCAACAUCAACAAAACCCCAGAAAUUAGAUCGAAUUGCAGAUGAGUUACUAUCACUCAACCCAGUUGAGCUUCACGAUUACGCUAUACUAUUUCGUAUGAAGAUGGGUUUGAAGAAUUCAGGCCCAUCUUCGCUCGCAUCUGGGCCGAUUUCAUCUGGGUCGGCCCAGCCCACUGCGGAGGCUGAGCCCAAGGAGAAGACAAUGUUCGAUGUGAAGUUGGAGAAAUUUGAUGCAGGUGCGAAAAUAAAGGUGAUAAAAGAGGUUAGGAGUUUUACAGAUUUAGGGUUGAAGGAAGCGAAAGAUUUGGUGGAGAAAACUCCUGCAUUUGUGAAAAAAGGGGUUACUAAAGAAGAAGGUGAAGCUAUUAUUGAGAAAUUGAAGGCACUUGGUGCUACUGUGGUAUUGGAAUGAUUUUAUCUUGUGAGUUCUAUUGUUCGCUAUGUUACUCGGACUCGGGUAAUACCCAUGUUGGACAUGAGUACGUGUUCAAGUGUCUGGAUGCGGUCAAAGGCCAAGAAUGAAGUAUUAAGUGUUCAUACCCGUGUCGGAUGACUUGAGGUAAAAUGAAGAGUCCAAGUAAUAUAGAUUGUUUGUUUGUAGAAUGAUUUUUGUAAUUUUUUUUGAUGAUAUGGUAAUUGGUGAAUUUUGUCAUCAUGGAUUGUAGGAAGGAAUGUUACUUGUUGCAUUGCAUAAAUAAGCAAAUUUGAAGUGAAAUGUGAUUCUUUGUUGGA